CGAACAGGACAUUUUUUUUUCUCCCUAUAUUGCGAAGCGAUGCUCUCCCGCCGACUAGCGGCCGCCGCCGGCUACGCGAGGCUGCUGUCCGCCUCCGCCCCGGCGGCGUCAACAGGAGGAACUGGAGGGGCGAGUUCCGGCGGGGGCGGGGACACGCUGGGGAAGCGUCUGCUGAAGCUCAUCUACCCGAAGCGGAGCGCGGUGGUGGUGCUGCGCCGAUGGGCGGAGGAAGGCCGGGCGGUGCACAAGUACCAGCUCAACCGCGUCGUCCGCGAGCUCCGCAAGUGCCGCCGCUUCAAGCACGCCCUCGAGAUUUGCGAGUGGAUGAGGACGCAGCCGGAGAUCAGGCUGCUGCCGGGGGACCACGCCGUCCACCUCGACCUCGUCGCCAAGGUGCGGGGCCUGGCCAGCGCCGAAAAGUUCUUCGAGGACGUCCCCGAGCGGGCCAAGGGGCCGUCCACCUGCAACUCCCUCUUGCACGCCUACGUGCAGCACGGCGCCCGGGACAAGGCCGAGGCCAUGCUCAAGGAGAUGGCUGGCGCAGGGUACCUCACCUGCGCACUCCCAUUCAACCACAUGAUGUCGCUCUACAUGUCGACCGGCGAGCUGGAGAAGGUGCCCGAGAUGAUCAAGGAGCUCAGGAGGUACACCAUCCCAGACCUGGUCACGUACAACAUAUGGCUCACCUACUGCUCCAGGAACAACAGCGUGAAAAGCGCGGAGAAGGUCUUUGAUCUCAUGAAAGAUGACAGGGUGGUCCCUGACUGGAUGACCUUCAGCCUGCUGGCCAGCAUUUACAUCAAUGCCGGUCUUCAUGUCAAAGGCCGGGAUGCGCUUGUGGAGAUGGAGAAGAGGGCCUCCAGGAAGGAGCGAGCCGCCUACUCAUCACUACUCACCAUGUACGCAAGCCUGUCAGAUAGAGGUAACUUGGACAGGGUGUGGAGCAAGAUGAGACAAACCUUCAGGAAGUUCAGUGACGCCGAGUACAAGUGCAUGCUUACUUCGCUUACAAGGUUUGGCGAUAUUGCAGCAGCAGAGUGCGUUUACGGCGAAUGGGAGUCAGAGUCAGGAACAAAAGAUUCAAGGAUCCCAAACACCAUCCUUUCAUUUUACAUCAAGAAUGGCAACAUGGAGAAGGCAGAGAGUUUUCUUCAAUACAUUGUGCAGAAAGGAGUCAAGCCCAGCUAUAGCACUUGGGAGUUAUUCGUUUGGGGUUACCUUGGCAACGACGAGAGGACGGCCAAAGUUAUGGAAUGCCUUAAGAAAGCAUUGUCAAGCUUGGAGAAAUGGGAGCCAAACCCACAACUCGUCGCGGCUCUUUUUUCGCAGAUUGAGAAGAGAGGUGACAUUGAAGCUGCAGAGGAGCUCCUCGUUGUGCUUAGAGAUGCAGGCUAUGUCACAACUGAGAUAUAUAACUCAGUCCUGCGCACGUACGCUAAAGCUGAAAUGAUGCCUCUGAUAAUUGAUGAACGAAUGGACGAGGAUAAGGUCUCAAUGGAUGACGAAACUAGGAGAUUGUUGAAAUCGACUAGCAAGUACCCAAUUGGUGAAGUUUCAACAAUAAUGUCUUGAGAUGUAAUAAUAGGCUGUGUUAGAUUGGAUGCUCCAGGAUGUGAUGCUUGUUGAUAUGACCUGUCAUGGUUCAUUUGGAUUUACAAAUCUGAAGCAGAAUGAUGGCAGGCAUAAACUUGAACUAAUACGUAGCUUCCGUUCUUGGAGUUGAAUAA